UUUUAACGAGUUCGUUUUUCUUCGAGUUUGCAGCUAUAUGAUACUGUUUCCAAUGCGGAGUUGAAUGAUUGAGAGGGAUAGCUAGCAACGACGAUGAUGCUAGCGGUAAGCUUUUCCCCUUGCCGCCAAAACAAAGGUGAAGGCCAAGGGUGGUAAAGCCAGCAUCACCAAGUUUGGUGGUGUAAACACUGUAUUUGUGGGCCAUUUGUGUCUACGAGGAGGCAAGCCCGGUGAGGGCUGAAGAACACACAGGGACACAGAGAAACAAAGAAGGAAAUUUGUGAACAGGUUGGGGCUGGAAGAGGGAGUCUCAACAAUCGAUUUUUUUUCUUCCCGGAGCCGAUCAAGGUGGAGAAUUAAAUGGCUUAUUCUUGCUUCUCGGCACAGAGCAGGCAGUGGCUAGCUUUCCUGGACGAAAGUUUGUUGGAGGAGCUCACCAAGCCGCAGCCGAUUCUUGUUCUCUCUUCGGAGCAGCAAGAACAGGUCCAAUUGCAACAUGGUUCUUGUUUCAGAGCCGAGUCUCUAAAGCUUGACAAAUCGCCUCGCAAAAGGCCGCGGGACGAUGCAACGUCCUCCAAGGCUGUCCGAGAGAAGAUGAGACGGGAUAAGCUCAAUGAUAAGUUUCUGGAAUUGAGCGGCGCACUGGAACCGGGAAGGCCUCUCAAGUCCGACAAAUCCGCCAUCCUCAUCGAAGCGGCAUGCGUUUUGCUGCAGCUGCGACAAGAGGCCCAGCAGCUCAAGGAAUCCAACGACAAGCUCCGUGAAGCUGUUAAAGACUUAAAGAUUGAGAAGAACGAACUCCGGGACGAGAAGCUCAGACUAAAAGCCGAGAAGGAGAGGCUCGAAGAGCAGCUAAAGACGUUCUCGGUCUCCUUCGUCCCUCAUCCCGCGUACCAAGCAGCGGCCGCGGCCGCGGCACUGGCUGCUCAAAACCACUCGCUUCCACCCUCCGAAAAGCUCAAGCUCGAGACGGUGUCGGCCUUCCCGGCAGGCGGGAUGUGGCAAUGGAUGCCUUCGUCGUCCACUUCGACGGAGGAUUCUCUCUUGAGGCCUCCUGUAGCUUGAGCGACUUUUUCUUCAUCCUGGCGAACUUUUUGUCUUGUGAAUAGGAAGUGGGCGUAAGAACAACUUCUAACUGUAUGUAAAACCAUAACUAUACAAUGACAAGAGCCGUAUGAUCGUGGAUCAAAA